UCAGAUCACAGAGCAGAGCAGAAGCAUGAAGUUAAACACAGCUUUGAGUGUUGCUGGAACCAUACUCCUCAACAUAGCAGGUUUUCUCUGCCAGUUAGAUGUGUGUGGUCAAGCCCCCCUCAACACCAAGAUUGUUGGAGGGGAGGCUGCAACAGCAGGGUCUUGGCCGUGGCAAGCCAGCCUUCAUAUCUCCUGUGACGGGGCUAUGUGUUAUUGUGGAGGGAGUCUAAUCAAUAAAGACUGGGUUAUGUCUGCAGCGCACUGCUUCCAGAGCACCCUGGGUACCAUUCAGAUCUACCUGGGACUUCAGAGCCAGUCAGGUUUGAACCCUAAUGAAGUUCUCAGGACAGCCAGUGUCUUCGUCCAUCCUGACUAUAACAAUACUUCCCAUGACAAUGACAUAGCACUGCUCCAGCUCUCCUCCUCAGUGACUUUCACUGAUUACAUUGCGCCAGUCUGUCUGGCAGCUGCUGGUAGUGUAUUGCCUGGAGGUACAGAGACCUGGGUCACUGGCUGGGGAGCACUACAGUCUGAUGGUCCGUUUUCUAACAUACUGCAGGAGGUGAUGAUACCAAUUGUGAGCAACAGUGACUGUGAUAAUGCUUAUGGAGGGGGCAUCACAAGCAAUAUGAUUUGUGCUGGAUUGUUAAAUCAGGGAGGAAAAGAUUCCUGUCAAGGAGACUCUGGAGGUCCACUGGUUACCAGGAAUGCCUCCCUGUGGGUUCAGUCCGGCAUUGUGAGUUUUGGUACUGGAUGUGCUGACCCCAGAUAUCCCGGUGUGUACACCAGAGUCUCUCAGUACCAGGACUGGAUCACCUCUACCAUAGGCAGCAACCCUCCUGGAUUUGUCCAAUUCAACAACAAUGGAUUCAGAAGCUCACCCAACCUCCUUUUAAUUCCACUUUCUCUCACAUUCUCCAUCAUUCCUUUUAUAUGUUCCCUAUAUCUCCUUUCGUAGAGAUCGUCUGAAUGACAAUUCUCAGGGUUCUUUGAUUAAGAGCACAUCUGUGCUGUACAAGUUUUUAUAAAUAUGUGAAGUAAGUUCAUAGUCAUAUUGUCGUUAGUUCUUUAUCUUUUUAAAAAUGUACUAUUCUUGAAAAUAUCUUAAUCUUAUUUCCUGCACACUAAUGAGGUUCAGCAAGCUUUUCCCCUUAGAAUUCUUGCAUAGUGAGGAUACACUUUCUGAUAUUUGGCCUAAAUAGGAGUCAUAAGUGAUACUUGCAAUUAUAAUGCAUAGCUAAUUAUUGUCUUCGCUUUGAACAAUUUUUUUGAGAGACUAUUCAAUUUUUAUUGAUUGUCUGUA